GGCCAGUUGAAGCACAUUGGCAGGUGGUUAUAAAGAGAGUAGCUAAGCCCUGUCUUUUACAUUACAUUAGAAACAUUGUUAAACAACAUUUCUGACCACUAAAUUCAUUUUGAGCCCUCAGAGAACGAUGAAAGGUGAGUCCUCUAAAUAUGAAAUGAAUGUUUUCACCGUCAGAUAAUAUUCUCCCCCCGUUGUUAUUUUUUGCAGGGUUAAGCAUCUUUUCCACCUGGUUUCUCAAACUGUUGCUGCUGGAGAGCUCAUUGUGUGCUGCUGACUCAAGUGUUGUGAAUCCUUGUUGUUAUUACCCUUGUCAGAACUCAGGAGUGUGUGUGAGAUUUGGUACAGAUCGCUACCAAUGUGACUGCACUCGCACUGGCUUCUAUGGAGACAACUGCACUGUCCCGCAUCUCUGGACCACAGUUCGUCUGGCGCUGAAGCCGAGGCCCCACGUAGUUCACUUCAUCCUCACCCACUUCCAGUGGUUCUGGGACCUGGUCAACUGCUCUUUCCUGCGAGACACAGUCAUGAGACUAGUGCUAACCGUGAGAAGCGACCUUAUUCCAAGCCCUCCGACCUACAAUACCAAGUAUGGAUACCUCAACUGGGAGUCGUUCUACAACACCUCCUACUACACCCGUCUCCUCCCUCCGGUACCCGAGGACUGCCCUCUACCGAUGGGCGCCAAAGGUAAAGCGGAGCUGCCCGAUCCAAAAGUGUUGACUGAGAGGUUUUUUAGGAGAGAGACCUUUCGGCCGGACCCUCAGGGAUCAAAUCUGAUGUUUGUCUUCAUGGCCCAACACUUCACCCACCAGUUUUUCAAGACGGACUUUAAAGCCGAAGGGGGCUUCACCAAGGCUUUAGGACACGGGGUGGAUGCGAGCAACAUCUACGGAGACAACCUGGUGAGGCAGCAUCAGCUCCGGCUUCAUAGAGAUGGAAAGAUGAAAUAUCAGACAGUGGAGGGCGAGAUGUACCCUCCAACUGCAUCAGAGGUCCCCGUGCACAUGAUCUACCCUGAAAACGUACCUCCAGAGAAGCGCCUGGUCAUCGGCCAUGAGGUGUUUGGCCUCCUGCCGGGCCUCACCAUGUACGCCACCAUAUGGCUGCGGGAGCAUAACAGAGUCUGUGAGAUCCUGAAGGCAGAACAUCCCACCUGGGACGAUGAGCAGCUCUUCCAGACCACCAGGCUCAUCAUCAUUGGAGAGACUAUCAACAUUAUAAUAGAAGAGUACGUGCAGCACCUGAGUGGUUACCUGCUGAACCUCAAGUUCGAUCCCACCCUGCUCUUCAACGCACGUUUCCAGUACAGCAACCGCAUCGCUCUGGAGUUCGCCCACCUCUACCACUGGCACCCGCUCAUGCCUGACAGCUUCCUCAUCGACGGGGAGGACAUCCCGUACUCGCAGUUCAUCUACAACAGCUCCCUCCUCACGCACUACGGUGUGGAGAAAAUGGUGGAUGCCUUCUCCCAACAAGCUGCAGGGCAGAUCGGUGGAGGUCGCAACUCUCAUGCAGUUGUGCUCAAAGUGGCGGAAAUGGUCAUCAGGGAGUCCCGAGCAACGCGCGUGCAGCCCUUCAAUGAAUACAGGAAGAAGUUCAACCUAAAGCCGUACACUUCUUUUUAUGACUUCACUGAUGACACAGAAAUGGCCAGAGGUUUAGAGGAGCUCUACGGAGACAUAGAUGCUCUGGAGUUCUACCCUGGCAUCCUGCUGGAGAAAACGCGCCCUAACAAUCUAUUUGGCGAGAGUAUGGUGGAGAUGGGCGCUCCCUUCUCGCUAAAAGGCCUGAUGGGAAACCCCAUUUGCUCCCCUGAGUACUGGAAGCCCAGCACCUUCGGGGGAGAGACCGGCUUCAAUAUUGUCAAAACUUCCACUCUGAAGAAACUAGUGUGCCUCAACACCAAGUGGUGUCCAUACGUGGACUUCCGUGUUCCCCGCAAGGAGGAGGAAACCAAACCAAGGGAAACAUCUACCGAAUUGUAAUGACGAUUCUGAUCAUCAUAGUUUGUUGAUCGACGUACGGCCUGUGGCAGAUAUUGCCGUUGUGUUUGGACUCUUGACAUGUUUGUCAUAAUCCCAUUUGGACUGGAGGGCCGGUGGGGUUUUUUUUGUGCUAAUUCAGGGGAUUUAUUCAUGCCUGCAUUGAAUUCUAUUUUGUACAUUAAGGCCGGUCUCCCAAACAUUCUAGUUCAAAUUACAUCCCAUUAAUAUUUCUAAUCUGUACCAAAACGUGUUAUUCAAAAAAUAAAAGUUACUAUCUGGCCACUCCA